UUCACCCUCCUCGGGCUCCAGGGAAUGCGCCUAACCCUCUAACCCAUCGUCUCCCUUCCCUCCUUGACGAUGCCACCCCUCUUCAUCGCCUCCCUCGGCAAUCCUCCACCAAAGUACCACAAGACCCUUCAUUCCGCCGGGCACAUCAUCCUCCGCGCUGUUGCCGAGCACCUCUCCGCCAACUCCUUUGCUCCGUCCCCUCAUCUAAAAGGCGCCUUAGCAACCGAAGCCUACCUGCCGCGCUCGCAGACCCGGCUAACAUUAUGGCAAUCACCGACCCUCAUGAACAUCUCCGGCCCAACGAUGGUGCGGGCCUAUAAGUCGUGGUUGGCGAGAGAGGGAGCGGACCCCGUCUUACCACUCGCCGCGAACACACCCGGAAGGAAAAAGAAUGCAGAUCACCGACCGCCUUUGAGCCUGAUAUUGGUGCACGAUGAAUUAGAGCUGCACCCUGGGGAGCUGAGGAUUCGCCGUGGGGGGGCAGAGCUCUCGGCCAGAGGACAUAACGGAGUCAAGAGCGUGACUCAAAGUUUGGUAGAGGCGGGGCUUCUACCGGCAUCGUCUUCGUUGACAAAGGCAAGAGGGAAAGGUGCUGCUGGCGAAGAUGCUGCCUUGCCUCCGAUUGUGCUCCGGGUGGGCAUUGGAAUCGGCCGGCCAGCGUCUCGUGAUCCUGGUACAGUCGCGGAUUAUGUCCUGCGGGAGAUGCGCCCCACUCAGUAUCAGGAGACGUGUAAUCUGGCUGGUCGUGUUGUAGAAAUGCUGGAGGUAGAAAUGGCUCGGGUGCAGUCGUGAUGUUGCCUCUUUAUAAGCAUUAUAUGCAGCGACUUCGAAAGCGUGACCCCCUGGCGUUUGGGAUUUUGAUUACGCGAUACUGGCAUAGGCUGGAUACUCAGGAUAGAUCGAUCUCCAAAUACCCUUUGUUGAUUUACAGUGUCGCUUGCACUGACAUUUUUGAGGCAAUUGCAGAAGCAGUAUCAUCAGA